AGAGCCAUCGGAGCAGGCAAAAGGCCAGGCCUUCGUCCCUGGAAACAUCUGGGAGGCAUGUGAAAAAGGGGAAUAGGUGACAGCCCUCCUACCUGCACCAUGAGAGGAUUUUGAUUGAUAGCUAAGGUUUAGAGGUGGUGCAGUGUUUCAGCACAGCAGGGGUGGGGCCACAAGAACUUGGGGGACAGGGAGAGCGGAGGAGAAGUUUAGGUUUCAUGGAAAAAAUCUAUUGUACCAAGUAUGGUUUAUGUGGUACAGCCUUGUACCGUGUGUGUCUGCAGCAGACAGAUGUCUCUCCAAGUCUGGAAACGGGAUGUGUGUCUGAGGAUGUCCUCAAAGCUGUAAGACCCCUGUGUGCCCAGAGAGCGACAGAGGGAGCGGGCAGACAGCUAGUGCUUCUGGGGAGAGAGAAGGAAUAACAGCGCCUCUGUCAGGUUUCCCAGGAAACUCUGUUGAUCAUCCAAUGGCUUCUUGCAGACGAAGGUGCCUUCAUCUUCUCGGGAUAAGGGCCCUCUGCAUCCAGGGCCAGGCUGCACUGGAGGGCUACUCUGCAUCCAGGGCCAGGCUGCACUGGAGGGCUACUCUGCAUCCAGGGCCAGGCUGCACUGGAGGGCUACUCUGCAUCCAGGGCCAGGCUGCACUGGAGGGCUACUCUGCAUCCAGGGCCAGGCUGCACUGGAGGGCUACUCUGCAUCCAGGGCCAGGCUGCACUGGAGGGCUACUCUGCAUCCAGGGCCAGGCUGCACUGGAGGGCUACUCUGCAUCCAGGGCCAGGCUGCACUGGAGGGCUACUCUGCAUCCAGGGCCAGGCUGCACUGGAGGGCUACUCUGCAUCCAGGGCCAGGCUGCACUGGAGUGCUACUCUGCAUCCAGGGCCAGGCUGCACUGGAGGGCUACUCUGCAUCCAGGGCCAGGCUGCACUGGAGUGCUACUCUGCAUCCAGGGCCAGGCUGCACUGGAGGGCUACUCUGCAUCCAGGGCCAGGCUGCACUGGAGGGCUACUCUGCAUCCAGGGCCAGGCUGCACUGGAGGGCUACUCUGCAUCCAGGGCCAGGCUGCACUGGAGGGCUACUCUGCAUCCAGGGCCAGGCUGCACUGGAGGGCUACUCUGCAUCCAGGGCCAGGCUGCACUGGAGGGCUACUCUGCAUCCAGGGCCUCCAGAGACCCUCCUGACAGCCCAGCACAUGCCACCCCAACACACAUCUUCAACUUCUCCUAGCUUCCCCCACAAUCCUCUGCCCUGGACACAACAAGUUCAUGCCGGGACAGCUCAAAGUGGGGACACACUCACUCACUCACCCCCACAGUCAUUGUUGCUCAUCCGCACUCACCCAUGAGUCCAGUUACCUGAGAAAUGUAUGUGCAUUCUUUAACACAGCAUCGCACAACACAUGCAGAUGUACACAGGCUGACAGCAACAGAC